AUGUCUUCUACGAUCAAGAAGGGCAUCGGACGAUAUGUCUAUCCUGCCGAGACUUCCCGGCAUGCUGCAACCAUUCUUGGGUUCCCGUCCCGAUACACGCUGCCCCCGGCAUACUACGAGCAUGCAUGUACCGAUAUUGCUCGUCUGGCAUCUGCUAUUUCGGCCUUCGAGCCAGUGAGGCUAUAUACACGGCCAGAAGAUGUUGCAAAUGCACAGUCAACUGUUAGCCUCGUCAGCAAAAAAUACCCCGGCGAUCCUACCAAUAUCACCAUCAUUCCGUUUCUUACAAACCACCUCUGGGUCCGCGAUACCGGCCCUGUGUAUGUGCGACGUACAGACGAGCCAUCUAAUCAGCAACGCUUUGCAAUCAACUUCCGGUUCAGUGAAUGGGGCAAGAAGGAUGACAUAGGCGACCAUGAUCGCGCUUCAGAUGGACUCGAUUGGCCCAUCAUGGCUCCUGAGCAAAUUCGGGAAAACAACACAUUUGCCGAAAGAGUCAUCCGCUCCGACGCUUCUCCAUCCCCUGUAACAUCAGUUGAAUCUGAGAUUUGCUUGGAAGGAGGAGCUCUAGUGGUUGAUGGCGACGGAACUCUCUUGGCCACUGAGAGCAGCAUUCUUAACGAGAACCGGAACCCUGGGAUGUCGCGAGAGGCCAUUGAGGCGGAACUCAAACGUGUCUUGGGCGUUGAGAAGAUUAUCUGGUUUCCCGGUAGGAAGGAUUUGGAUGUGACAGACGUGCACGCAGAUGCAGAGGUCAGUUUCGUCCGACCUGGAGUCGUUGUUCUCUCGCGACCCCAUCCAAGUGUUCCUUCGGCCUGGAUGGAGAUACACGAAGAAAUCAAGGAGAUAUUGAGCCAUUCAGUGGACGCAAAGGGUCGCCCUUUUGAAGUCCAUAUCGUCGAGGAGCCAGACCCAGCCAUUUUUGGUGAUCUUGCAUACGAGGAACCAGCCACCAACUACGUCAAUUUCUAUUUUGUGAAUGGAGGACUGAUUCUCCCCCAGUUUGGAGACCAGCGGACGGAUCAAAAAGCAGUGGAAACUCUUCAAAAGCUGUGUCCCGAUCGCAACGUUCAGCCAGUGAAUGUAACCGGGCUUCCGCUGGCAGGGGGUGUGAUUCAUUGUGCAACCCAGCCGGUUCUUUUGGGGGAACAGAAUCAACAAUGA